AUGGACGUGAAUCUUCCGCACCAGAAGGACGAUGGCCUAGCUGAUGAGAGUAAUAAUGACCCUCAGAUGGGACUAGUAUCCUUGAUGGUGAAGAAAAGGAAGAAAUAUGCCUUCAACCUCCUGGUUGUGAUUGGGGUACAGCUACUGAUUAUACUGGUCCUUGGGGUCGGCUUGGUAGUGCUUGCGUGGAGAACCCGACCCACGCCGACGCCAAACUUGUCAUGUCCGCCUCUUGCUAAAUUAGAUGUAGGAAUUAUCUCCCCUGCUCGUGACGGCGUACGAUAUCACGAGAAAACACUGUACGAGCAUCGUCCCAGAACUGGACCUUAUCUUGGCAGGCCAAACACAGAGAUCAAUACUGCAUGGGCGGACUUGACAAGACCCUCAUAUGUCCAAGUCACGAGAGAUGAGCUUGAGGAAGCAAAUUUGACAUCGAUGGUCUUGCCAAAAGGUACACCUUUCACCACAAUAAAUGUGUAUCAUCACUUGCACUGUCUUAGAGCGAUUAAGCGGUAUAUAUACGCUCCAUAUUAUCAUCCCGAUGUUUCUGUUGAAGAUAUUCGAACGGAUGACUACAGUGACCACAUCGAUCACUGUGUCGAUCUUCUAAGAGAGACUAUCAUGUGCCAGCCCGAUUUUUCGCUCGCUACAUUUGAGUGGGCCGGUGCUGAACCCAGGUUGGUGGUUCAGAAUGGGAAGACGACGCAUCAGUGUGUUGACUGGCCAUACUUUGAGGAAUGGGCCAAGGGACGAGCAUUAGACGUCCAGAUGGUUCUGGAUUAUUGGGCUACAGCCUCAGGAGCUGAGUUCACAGAUGUGUGA